AUGGUGCCAUAUAGGUCCUUAAAAAUGAUGAAUCAGAGAUGCGCCUGGACUGGUACGCUCUCUUAUUGUCAGGUUUCUGGAAUUUCAGGAGCAAGAGAAAGCACUGGUAUGCUCCAUACCAGCCCAGCCAGAGGCACCUGUGAUCAAGCAUCUUCAGCUUGCAGUUUUUCAAAUGCACAGCUCAAGAUCAGCACAUUAAAAGUUGAGCCGCAAUUCGACAGCACGCUAGUAGUCACUACAGGGGGCCGACCCACAGAACAACCUCCAGACCAGUGCAGACCAGUGCCAUGUGCAUGCACAUCGAAAGCCAGCAUGAACUGCCACAUGUUUGCUGAGCGUCGCCACGAGUCUGAAAAGUGUCCAGCUUCUCCUUCUUCGGAUGCUCGGAUGAGAGAGGAUAGCUUUGAGUGCGACAUCUUUCCCUCUGCAUUCUCACAGUCUGUCAGUCACGAGAACCAUGUGUCAAAGCCUACGGACCAGAAGUCAUGCAAGUGUAAUCUCUGUCCUGCUGCGUUCAUCUGUAGCCUGGAGCUGCAGUGUCACAAGAAGAUGCACGCAGGUGAGAGGCCAUACAAGUGUGACCUGUGUCCUGCACAGUUCACCCGGAGCACAGACGUGAAGCGUCACAAGAGGACGCACACGGGUCAGAAGCCAUACAAGUGCGAUAUCUGCCCUGCGGUAUUCCGCCAGAGUGUACACCUACGGCGUCACAAGCGGGCACACACAGGCGAGAGGCCAUACAAGUGUGAUCUCUGUCCUGCAGAAUUGACCCGUAGUGCGGAUAUGCAACGUCACAAGAGGACGCACACAGGUGAGAAGCCAUACAAGUGCAAUAUCUGCCCUGCAGAGUUCAGCCAGAGUGGCCAGCUACAGCGUCACAAGCGGACACACACGGGCGAGAAGCCAUACAAGUGUGAUCUCUGUCCUGCAGAGUUCACCCGAGGUGCGGACGUGCUGCGUCACAAGAGGACACACACCGGUGAAAAGCCAUACAAGUGCGAUGUAUGCCCUGCACAGUUCUGCCAGAGUGGGCACCUACAGCUUCACAAGCGGACACACACAGGCGAGAAGCCAUACAAGUGUGACCUCUGUCCUGCGGGGUUCAUCCAGCGCACGCAACUGAAGCAUCACAUGAAGAAACACGUGGAUGAGAGGCCAUACAAGUGCCAUAUAUGUCCUGAAGAGUUCAUCCAGAGCUCAGAUCUGCAACGUCACAAGAAGACACACAUAGGCGAGAAACCAUACAAGUGCAAUCUCUGUCCUGCAGAGUUCAUUGUGAAUGCAAACCUGCAGCGUCACAAGAAGAAACACAUGGGCGAGAGGCCGUACAAGUGCGAUAUCUGCCCUGCAGUGUUCAUCCAGAGCUCGGACCUACAGCGUCACAAGAGAACACACACAGGCGAGAAGCCAUACAAGUGUGAUAUCUGCCCUGCAGGGUUCAGCCAGAGUGGAAACCUACAGCUUCACAAGCGUACACACACGGGCGAGAAGCCAUACAAGUGUGACCUCUGUCCUGCGGAGUUCAGCCGGAGCACGCAUCUACGGGACCACAAGAGGACGCACAUGACCGUGAACCUGUACAACUGCAAUGCCUGCCCUGCAGAGUCCAGCUGGAUCGUGCACCUACAGGAUCACAAUUGGACACACGUGGGUGACAAACCAUACAAGUGCGAUGCCUGCCCUGCAGAGUUGAACUGGAAUAGGUCGCUACAGCAUCACGGGUGGGCAGCCAUUGUCGAGAAGCCAUACAAGUGUGAUGUCUACCCUGCUGACUUCAGCCAGAGCAGGCACCUGCAGUUUCAGAUGCACAAGCAGGCACACACGGGACCGAAGUCAUACAAGCCCUGGAGAAUCCAGCCGGAACGGGCACCUACAUGA